CAAUGAAUUAUGAAAACAAACACAAACAUACAAGGAGCGAACUCAUUUGACGGUAUUGUGUUUGGUAUUUUCACCCACAUAAUGACAUAACCUCUGACGUUUUCUCCUGAAAAUCUUUGUAAGAAAACGUCUUUACUUUAAAUUCCUUGCAGUCAAAAUAUAAUCCCUUUUUUAUAUAAAUAUUUCCAACUGCCUACAAAUUACGGACUGGUAAUUCCUUUUUUCUUUUAAUUAUCAUGUUCCCAUUUCCUUUUCUUACAAAAAGUAGUCUGCUUUACUAUAUUACGGGGUGAAGUGGUAAUAACAGCACUAUAUAAACUUCCGCGUAAAAAACUGCGCAGUUUCUUUAGCCGGCAUCGUCGUUUAAAAAUUCAGUGUUGACCAGUUGAUGAGCUGACUUUGACUGUCUGAUCCGGUCGGAAAAUUCAUCGCCGUCGUCCAUGGGGCAAUGCUGCAGCAAAACUGGUCCGGAUGCUGGCCACAAAUCCAGUAAUAAUACUACAGUCCCGUCUUCCUUCGACGAUUACUCCGCCAGUACCGCCGGUACCGACUCCGUCGUCUCCACCAACGGUCGGAAUCACAGGCGGCAGCAGAAUCCGAAUGUUUCUCCGGGUCCUUCAUCGGCGGCGAACGGACAUCACUCACAUUCCAGCAAGAGCACUCCGGCCCAUUCAUUCGCCGCGAGUCCAUUUCAAAGCCCGUACCCGGCGGGCGUUCGGCCGUCUCCGUCUCCGGCGAGAACUCCGGGAAGGAAAUUCAGAUGGCCUUUCCCCCCACCCUCGCCUGCCAAGCCUAUUAUGUCUGCGAUUUUGAAGCGCCGAGGAGGGACGGCGACGGGGAAGCCAAAGGAAGGGCCCAUACCGGAGGACCACGGCGGCGAAGAGAAUGAGGGUGGCGAGCGGCCGUUAGAUAAGAGCUUUGGGUACCCCAAGAAUUUCGCCGCUAAAUAUGAGCUGGGAAAGGAGGUGGGCCGAGGGCAUUUUGGACAUACAUGCUGGGCAAAAGGUAAGAAAGGAGAGCUAAAGAAUCAACCGGUGGCCGUCAAGAUCAUAUCCAAAGCUAAGAUGACUACAGCAAUUUCUAUUGAAGAUGUCCGGAGGGAGGUGAAGAUAUUGAAAUCUUUAUCUGGUCAUAGGAAUCUGGUGAAAUGUCACGAUGCAUUUGAAGAUGCGCAGAAUGUUUACAUAGUUAUGGAAUUGUGUGAAGGCGGUGAACUCCUCGACAGAAUUUUAUCUAGAGGUGGAAGAUACACAGAGAAAGAUGCUAAAAGUAUUGUUGUACAGAUGUUGAGUGUUGUUGCCUUUUGCCAUCUACAAGGUGUUGUGCACCGUGAUCUAAAGCCGGAGAAUUUUCUUUUUGCCACUAAAGACGAGGAUGCUCCUUUGAAGAUUAUAGAUUUUGGACUCUCCGACUUUAUCAAGCCUGAUCAACGUCUCAAUGAUAUUGUUGGCAGUGCAUAUUAUGUUGCUCCUGAAGUGCUUCAUAGAUCAUACAGUGUCGAGGGGGAUAUUUGGAGCAUUGGUGUAAUAACAUAUAUCUUACUUUGUGGAAGUAGACCUUUCUGGGCCCGUACUGAAUCAGGAAUUUUCCGGUCAGUGCUUCGCGCUGAUCCUAACUUCGACGACUCACCAUGGCCUUCAGUUUCCGCAGAAGCCAAAGAUUUUGUAAAAAGACUUUUGAACAAAGAUCAUCGGAAAAGAAUGUCAGCUGCACAAGCAUUAACUCACCCUUGGUUGAGAGAUCAAAACUGUACAGUGCCGCUUGAUAUAUUAAUUUACAAACUAGUGAAGUCCUACAUUCGAGCCACAUCUUUAAAACGUGCUGCAUUAAGGGCUCUGUCAAAAGCUUUGACAGAGGAUGAACUGAUUUACUUAAGGGAUCAAUUUAAGCUUCUUGAUCCGGAAGAUGGUUUUAUAUCCCUCAAAAAUUUCAAAACAGCUCUGUUACGAAAUGCAUCUGAUGCAAUGAUGGAAUCUAGGGUUCCUGAAAUCUUAAAUUUCUUGGAACCUUUAUCCCUACAAAGCAUGGACUUUGAAGAAUUCUGUGCCGCUGCAAUUAGCAUAUAUCAGCUGGAGGCUCUGGAGAAGUGGGAGCAUAUUGCAAGUAAAGCGUAUGAGAAUUUCGAAAUAGAAGGCAACCGAGUGACCUCCGUUGAGGAAAUAGCGAAGGAGAUGAAUGUUGGUCCUGCGGCUUAUUCGUUAUUGAAAGACUGGAUUAGAGAUUCAGACGGGAAGCUAAGUUUUCUAGGGUAUACAAAAUUUUUGCAUGGCGUUACAUUGCGAAGUUCAAACAUGAGGCAUCAUCAUCAUCAAUAGUAGGCCCUUUCCGGGAUAGGAAUGGCGUAUUAAUAGUGAGCAAUGAACUUAUAUUAUUAGUAAUAGUGCUCUUACCAUCUUUUUUUGGCUUUAUAUUCUUUGGGUUUUUAUAAACCUUGUUGUUUUCUCUUAAGCUAAAAAUGUGCAGAAUUGAAAUGGUAGAAAUGAUAAGUUUAACAGUUGUACUGAAGGUGUAAUACAAGUGUCUGGUUGCAUGUGUGUGGGAUGUGGUGAAAGAAAGUGUGUUCUCUGUAUAAACGAAAAUGGAACCUUUUUUAUUACGGUAUUAGUUACUAAAAGUUCCAAACAGCACGACUCAAUUUAUGUAGUCGUCUGUGGUUGGUCAACGGACGGAAUACAACCAAUGUAGCUCAACUAAUCGAAAAUAAUGAAGC